CAAACACAGAAACUAAUGGCGAUCUCUUUGCUCUGUUUUUGCCUCGUUACUCUCCUUACACUAAUCUUCGCCGCAAAGAAGAUUAAACGCUCAAAAUGGAAUCUCCCUCCAAGCCCUCCUAAGUUUCCGGUCAUCGGAAACUUACAUCAGAUCGGAGGAUUGCCUCACAGGUCACUUGAACGUCUGGCCAAAAAACACGGACCAGUGAUGCUUCUUCACUUUGGUUUUGUUCCUGUGGUUGUGGUCUCAUCAAAAGAAGCAGCUGAAGAAGUUCUUAGAACUCAUGACCUAGACUGUUGCAGCAGGCCUAAGCUUGUGGGGACAAGGUUACUCUCACGGGGGUUUCAAGACAUCGCUUUUACGCCAUACAGCGAAGAGUGGAUGGAGCGGCGCAAGCUGGCCGUGCGUGAGCUGUUCUGCCUGAAAAAGGUUGAGUCCUUUAGACAUAUUAGAGAGGAUGAAUGUAACUUUAUGGUCAAGAAACUGUCUGAAUCCACCGUGGAUAAGUCUCCUGUUGAUUUGAGCAAAGCCCUUUUCUGGCUGACCGCGAGCAUCUUGUUUAGAGUUGUUUUAGGACAAAACUUCUACGAGAACAAGUUUAUCGAUAAGGAGAAGAUUGAAGAGCUAGUGUUCGAAGCAGAGAGUGCUCUAGGUAGCUUCACUUGCUCCGAUUUUUUUCCACUUGCUGGACUUGGAGGGCUCGUUGACCGGCUUUCGGGACAACACAAGAGGCUCAACGAUGUUUUCUUGAAGCUCGAUGAUCUGUUUCAACGUGUGAUCGAUGAUCAUUCGAGUCCUGGAAGAACAAAAGAACAUGAAGACAUCAUUGAUGCUAUGUUGGAUGUGCUUCAUAAACAAGGCGAGAAUGAUUCCUUGAAUCUCACGGUAGAUCAUAUCAGGGGUGUCAUCAGUAAUAUAUUUUUGGCAGGGAUAGACACAGGGGCCAUCACCAUGAUAUGGACAAUGACAGAGCUUGCUAGAAACCCUAAACUGAUGAAGAAAGUUCAAGGCGAGAUCCGAGACCGCCUUGGCAACAACAAGGAGACAAUCACCGAAGAAGAUAUCGAUAAAGUUCCUUACUUGAAGAUGGUAAUCAAAGAAACAUUCAGACUACACCAUGCAGUUCCUCUUUUACUCCCAAGGGAAACAGUGGCUCACAUCAAAGUUCAAGGCUAUGAUAUUCCCCCGGGGAGACAGAUCAUGGUCAACGCUGGUGCGAUAGGAAGAGACCCCAAACUCUGGACUAACCCGGAGGAGUUUAACCCUGAGAGGUUUAUCGAUAAGCCUGCGGAUUAUAGAGGACAACAUUUCGAGUUCUUACCAUUUGGCUCGGGUAGAAGGAUAUGUCCUGGGAUGCCCAUGGGGAUGGCUAUUGUCGAGUUAGGACUCUUGAACUUGCUUUACUUCUUUGAUUGGAGUUUGCCUGAUGGGAUGACCAUUGACGACAUAAACAUGGAAGAAGCUGGUACUCUUACUAUAGUCAAGAAAGUACCUCUGAAGCUUGUUCCAGUUCGAGUUAUGUGAUCAGAACUAUAUAUACAACUGUAAUUUGAAUAAUUACACAUUAUGCAGUUGCUAAGCAUAAAUGUAUGAAUACUAUAUGUAAUGUUUUGGUUUGUGAUUUGUGGCCUCCUUGUACAUCCGUCUUUUUGAACUGUAAACUGGAUAUGUGUUAACAAAAUAUUAAACGGUUGUGGUUUCAGA